CGAACGUGAUAUUUUUAUAAUACUGUCGCCUGAUUUUAGCACAGUAUAACAAAAAAAAAAAUAAUAAAAUAAAAAAAAUACACACACAGAUACACACACGCAAACUAUAUAGCAAUAUAUGCCCAUUGAGUGCCUUAUAUCAUUUGAUAAUAAUCCACAAGGUGUCUACUAUGCCGGACAGGAGCUAUCUGGCGUUGUUGAUCUUAGCGUCGAUGCCAACAAGCGCAUUAAAGGCAUUCAUGUCACCGUUAGCGGUUAUGCUAAGAUACGCUGGAUAAAAAAGGGAUAUCCGCGGGACAGCGAACGCGCCAUGUGCCGUGCCUAUCGAUCAUAUUUGUCAUCGAGAUCGUACGUCCUCGGCUCGUGUGCUGGGAACUCGUGCAUCGACUGGCUGGCUGGCGAGUACUCGUACACGUUUCAUGUCAUACUGCCCGACAAUCUGCCUACAUCCUUUGAUGGCAAGUAUGGCCAGAUACACUACGAGAUCAUAACGACGAUCGAGCGUUCGGGUCGCUAUCCGAAAGUGUUCAAGCUGCCAUUUACCGUGAUACAACCUUUGGACCUAAAUGCCGAUGCCAUCUACAGAGUGCCGCUCGAAAUACUCGAUCGUAAGCGUUUCUGGAGCUUUUGCUGUCCUACGGGGCCGCUAACUGUUAAAUUCUCGACGCCGUACUGCGGAUACGCGCCCGGCCAGAAGAUCCAUUUCGUGCUAUAUAUCAACAACGAGUCGUCGAUCGACAUAACCGAAUGCGAGGUGAAGCUGAAACAGGAAGUCAGCUACGAAUCGCACGAUCCGCAGCACGAGUAUCGCUAUGAUAAGCAUCUGAUUGCCUUAAAGCAGUUCGGCAAUGUGCUGCGCUGGUCGCGAAAGGUGUAUCGAGGCUAUUUGGAUCUGCCCUCGAUACCGCCGACAUCGGUGAAGCCGACCUGCCCAAUUAGCGUUAACUAUUCGAUUAAGAUUAUUGUGAAUCCAACCGAGUUCCACUGGAAGCUGAAACUCAAAAUACCGCUAACCAUCGGUAGCAUACCCAUCAUGGAUGGACCCGAUGCCGUGUUGCGUUUCAAUCGGCAGCAGCAGCAGCAUCAAGUAGUUAGCCAACAUUUACAAUUGUCCACGCAACAGACCCAAAGGCCGCGGCCCGAACAGCGACGCCAACAAAAUAACAGCAACAACAACAACAGCAAUAGCAACAAUCAGGCAAUGCAACGUUCUGGUGCAACAUUGCUGAGCCACACGAGUCCCUCGUCAACGCCAACGACUGCCGCCCUAAGGCCCAUGGCCGCCAUGCCAGCGAUAUUAGUGACAAACGAUAGUGAUAGUCCCCCAGAUUAUAUACCCAUGAUGCCGCCCUCGUAUGAAGAUGCCAUGGCUCUGAGCGAGAAAUUUAGUGAUGACAUUGAAUUCUUGACAAAUGUUAGCAUGAGCAGCAUUAUGUCCGCUCAGGGCGAUGUAACAAGUGAGCGUGAGCCCUUUAAACCGCGUUACCCGGUCUAUUACGAAUAUGAGACACCGACCAUACCGCCCGAGACGCUCUACAGUGAAUCCUCAAAUACACAAUUUCGCUUCGCAUUGCAGCAGGAACCGGUUUUGGCAACGGAUGAAGAUGCGAAUAACCGAGGAACAGAUAGUUAUCUAAAUUGCGAGAAGAAAUGAAUGAAUGAUGGCUGCAUAGAUGAAUAAUAACACCAAUUUAACCAAAAUCAAAACAAUUCAAAAAUAAUUAUAAAAUCGUUCGAAAAUCAUGGCGCGAAUAUAGCUUUAAGUCUGAUCUAAAGAAAAAAUAUUGAUGCACAACAGUUUUACAUAUGGCGUAUAUUUUGUAAAGGCGUUUCUUUGAAAUCUCUAAAGUGAUACUUGAUUUUUAUCAAUACUUUCUUUUGCAACUCCGCCUUUUGAUUUAAUUUACACUCCUUUAUAAAGUUUCACGUUUCCCUUUGGAAUUAACAAUUGAAUUCAUUUGAAUUUUAUUUCCAAUGAUUAAAAAAAAACCGUUUAUGUACUUGCACCGUCAGCACACGAUAUACAUGCUUACACAUAAUAUGAUAAACCUAAUUAAAACGUAUUUAGACAACUUUUAGGCUUAAGCAAAAUAAAUAACAAUUUGCACAAUUUUACCAACAACAAACUUAACAUUUUCAAUAUUUAUAAUGCCUAUGAGAAAUUUACACAACACUACAAUUAGCGAAGAACCUAUAAUUAUAAUUAAAUUGUUUUUAUGUUCUAUCUUAACUAAUUAAAUGUAAUUCUGAAUAAAAAUCUAUUGUAUUACUACCACAUCGUCAUCGUACAUACAAAUUGUCUAAUUUUAGUUAUCGUUAAAUCUAUUCCUAAAUCUAUAAUUACGAACUCAUGUAUACUUCCCCCGAUUUCAAACCAGUCUAACCAGAUAUACUCUUGCGAAAUACUCUGUCUUCAAUUAAUUCAAAAUAAACAAAAACACAAGGAGCAAUCUAUAUAAAUAUA